GGGAUAGUACGGCAGACGUGGUCUUGUCUGCUGCCACAUUUUCUUUUUCUGUGGAAAGGUGAGCGAAAUGGAAAGGAGCUCUCUCUUUUCAGCACUAUGCUGAGAUCCCAGGUAGCCUUCCCACCAUGCUGGAACUGGGCUCCUGUUCGGUCAGCUCUCAGUCUCUGACAGGGGACCACAAUGCUUUGGGGCUACCUAGAGCCCCACAAGGGCCAGAGUGUCCAGUGGGUGGUCUGCCUCUGGGCGUGGGGGCUAUGUGUGGUAGCAGCAGCCCCAGGCACCACAUCCUCCACCCAUCCCCAGUGGACUGUGAGAGCUGGCAGAAGCAUCGUGCAGGACUGGCCAGAGGGUCCAGCAUAUAUUCUGAGUCCCACUCUCUCCUGGAGCCCCAAAGCCUGUCAACCAGCUACGAUACCCUCUACCUCCCACACAUGUCUGGCCAUGCUCCCCCUCUGCACCCAAACCGUCUGGGCCUCUCUCUUGAUGUGGCCUCGACUUUCGAAGUCGGAGGAGGAAUGCUGGGGGUGGAUGGAGAUUUGGCGGUCAGUCCCAAUGUGAUCAAGAGACGAAGGGGUGGCCUGAUUGAGCAGAGGGACAUUGUCAAAGCCCACCAAGCUCAUAAGAUACACAGCACACCACAGGCACGACGCAAGGAGUGGGAAAUGGCCCGGUUUGGAGACGACGUCCCGGGUUUGUUGAGCUCAGGGGAUGGAGGGUCCGAGCGCAACCGGAACCGCGAUGGGGCGGCCGUGUCCACAGGUGGCAUCUCCCCAGCCUUCAAGCAGACCAAAGCGCAGCGUGCCCGCACCAUGGCCUUGUACAACCCCAUCCCGGUCAGGGAGAACUGCUUCACCGUCAACAGGUCCCUCUUCAUCCUUGGCGAGGACAACGUGGUCAGGAAGUACGCCAAGAAAAUCAUUGAAUGGCCUCCAUUUGAGUACAUGAUCCUCGCCACCAUAAUUGCCAACUGUAUCGUCUUGGCUCUGGAACAGCAUCUUCCUGGAGAGGACAAAACACCUAUGUCCAAGAGAUUGGAGAAGACAGAGCCCUACUUCAUCGGGAUGUUCUGUUUUGAGGCUGGGAUAAAGAUCAUCGCCCUGGGCUUUGUAUUUCAUAAAGGGUCCUACCUCAGGAACGGAUGGAACGUCAUGGACUUCAUUGUUGUCCUCAGUGGGAUCCUGGCUGCAGCAGGGGCACAUAUGAACAUCUCAGUGGACCUGAGGACUCUGAGGGCGGUGCGAGUGCUUCGACCCCUCAAACUGGUCUCAGGCAUUCCCAGUCUGCAGAUAGUCCUGAAGUCUAUAAUGAAGGCCAUGGUCCCUCUGCUGCAGAUCGGCCUGCUCCUGUUUUUUGCAAUCCUCAUGUUUGCCAUCAUUGGCCUGGAGUUUUACAGCGGCAAACUGCACUUCACCUGCAUACCACAGCCUGGGAUACUCGAAAACGAGACGGUGGACUCCUCUGAGUUUGAGUUCCCGUGUGGCGUGCGUCAGUGUCCAGCCAAAUACACUUGCAAUGAUACCUGGAUUGGCCCAAAUGACGGCAUCACCCAGUUCGACAACAUCCUGUUUGCUGUUCUCACUGUCUUCCAGUGCAUCACCAUGGAGGGAUGGACCACUGUACUCUACAAUACCGACGAUGCCUUGGGCCCCAGCUGGAACUGGCUCUACUUCAUCCCUCUCAUCAUCAUCGGCUCUUUUUUUGUCCUGAACCUGGUGCUGGGAGUCCUCUCUGGGGAAUUUGCCAAGGAGAGAGAGAGAGUGGAAAACCGCAGGGCCUUCAUGAAACUGAGACGUCAACAGCAGAUUGAGAGAGAGCUCAACGGCUAUCGGGCCUGGAUCGACAGAGCAGAGGAGGUGAUGCUUGCUGAGGAGAAUAAGAAUGCAGGACCUUCUGCCCUUGAUGCUCUCAGGAGGCUGCCAGAGUGGAGUACAGGUGGUGCCUAUGUGCUGAAGCGAGCCACCACCAUCAAGAGGAGAGGCAUGGAUGUGGUGUGUCGAGGGCAACCAGGGGAGGAACAAUAUGGUGACAUCUCCUCUGUGGGCAUCCCAAUGGCAAGAGCAAGUAUCAGGAGUGCCAAGCGGGGUCCUACAGCCUAUUUUCGCCGGAAGGAGCGUCUCCUCCGCAUCUCCAUCCGCCGCGUGGUGAAGACACACACUUUCUACUGGACAGUGCUCGGCCUAGUCGCCCUCAACACGCUGUGUGUGGCCAUUGUUCACCACAACCAGCCCCUCUGGCUGUCGAACUUCCUCUACUAUGCAGAGUUCCUGUUCCUCGCUCUGUUCCUGACUGAGAUGUUCCUGAAGAUGUACAGCUUGGGACCACGCCUCUACUUCCACUCCUCCUUUAACUGCUUUGACUGCAGUGUAAUUGUUGGCAGCAUAUUUGAAGUGCUGUGGGGUUUCUUCAGGCCUGGGACUUCCUUUGGCAUCAGUGUCCUGCGUGCUCUCCGUCUGCUGAGAAUCUUCAAGAUCACCAAGUAUUGGGCGUCUCUGAGAAACCUGGUCGUCUCCCUGAUGAACUCCAUGAAGUCCAUCAUCUCCCUCAUUUUCCUUCUCUUCCUCUUCAUCGUUGUCUUUGCACUGCUUGGCAUGCAGCUCUUCGGUGGCAGGUUCAUCUUUGAAGACUACACCCCGACAAACUUUGACACCUUUCCUGCAGCCAUUAUGACCGUCUUUCAGAUCCUGACUGGAGAGGACUGGAAUGAAGUUAUGUACAACGGUAUUCGCUCUCAAGGUGGAGUGAAGUCUGGCAUGUGGUCCUCCAUCUACUUUAUAGUGCUCACGUUGUUUGGAAACUACACUCUGCUGAAUGUCUUCUUGGCCAUUGCUGUGGAUAAUCUUGCAAAUGCACAAGAACUUACUAAGGAUGAAGAGGAAGCAGAGGCGGCGUUCAACCAGAAGCACGCUCUCCAAAAGGCGAAGGAGGUCGGACCAUUGUCCUCCUUCAUGUCUUCAGAGGGAAGCCGUAGGAGGCGGCCCUACCUGUACAGGAAAAGAGCCAUCCACCGCAGCCGGCCUACGUACUCCUGCUCCCUGGAGGAGGCGCAUGGCAGCGUCAGGGAGGGCCGCCCACCCCCACCACUCAACCCCUCUAACUCUUUCAUGUCCAGGGGAGAGAGAAGAAAAAGGAUGACCAUGUCAGUUUGGGAGCAGAGGACCAGCCAGCUGCGGAGACACCGCCAGAUGUCCAGCCGAGAGAUCCUGUUCAACAGCCCCAACGAGGAGAAGGACGGGCCUCCUGCUUCAGCCCAGGCCCAGCAUGGACGUCCAGUGUCGCUGCACCGCAAGGCCAUGCAGAACACGCCAUCCGGGAGUUUGAAGCACCUGACAGACCCAUUAGCCUCCCCCGCCAAGAACCAGGCUUCAGGUUCUGUGGAUAUGCCGCCGGGCACCGCCCUCUCUGGUGACAUACCUGAACCCCCGAUGCCAAAGUCACUGGAUCCCACAAACGUGCCCCUUCCUGAUGCCUCUGUGUCUAUGACCAUGCCAGAGCCUCCCGAAUCAGAGCCCGUCUCUGAGAGUAGAAAACUGGGUGUUAAUCAAAGUCACAACACUGUCAGCGAGCGUCGGAGCCCCAGAUUGAAUGGCGAUCGCCAACAUAGGGCAGUGAAGAAGUUCAGACCACCAGAUAUCAUUGACACGCUGACUCCUGAGAUGGGAGGUCUUGGCGCGAUCAGGGACAGGAGGGCGUUGCAUCAAUAUGACCAUCAAAGCGGAGCCAGGAGUCAGGGGUCAUCUCCCGGGAACGGAAGCCACUUGCCAAGUCGCUCGGUCAGCAGAGAAAGGAAGAGAAACCCAGGGAAAGUAGAGGAGAAGGAAGUAGAGACCAAAAAGGAGGAGGAGGUGUCCAGACCUGUGGAGAGCAGACAGGGUGACCAGAAGGAAGGAGGGGACACAAACCCACCAGACAACCAGAGCCAAACUGGUGACCAGUGUCCUCAGAAGCAGGAAGAGUUUCUUCAGCAAUCAGACACUUCUCCACUUGCCAUCCCAGAGGACGACAAAGAAGAGAAAGAGACAGAGACAGAGCAGGACAAAUCUCAACUCAGCUCCAGUGUGAUCAUCGAGGUGCCCAAUGUUCAGUCAUGUCUGGAGCUCUCUACGAUCACAGUCAACAGUAAGGACCCAGAAACCUGUAAAUCAGAGAAGGAGGAGGCAGAGGAGACAAAUUCUGUCAACACUGUGACUCCAAACAGCAUGUUCAUCUUCAAACCUGAUAACCCGGUGCGUCGAGCGUGUCACUAUGUGGUGAACCUCAGGUACUUUGAAAUGUCCAUUCUGCUGGUUAUAGCUGCUAGUAGUAUAGCACUAGCUGCUGAGGACCCUGUGGCUACCUCCUCUGACUGGAAUAAGGUUCUGCGUUAUUUUGAUUAUGUGUUCACUGGAGUCUUCACAUUUGAAAUGAUUAUAAAGAUGAUUGACCAGGGUCUGAUCCUCCAUGAUGGCUCCUACUUCAGAGACCUGUGGAACAUCCUAGACUUCAUCGUUGUGGUGGGAGCACUGGUGGCCUUCGCCCUCACAAAUAACAAAGGACGAGACAUUAAAACCAUCAAAUCUCUGAGAGUGUUGCGUGUCCUGAGACCACUGAAGACCAUCAAGAGACUUCCUAAACUCAAGGCGGUCUUUGACUGUGUGGUGACGUCUCUGAAAAACGUCUUCAACAUCCUGAUUGUCUACAAACUUUUUAUGUUCAUCUUUGCCGUCAUUGCUGUGCAGCUCUUUAAGGGGAAGUUUUUCUACUGUACUGACAGUUCGAAGGACACAGAGAAGGACUGCCAGGGUUACUACAUUGACUACGGGAAAGACAAGAAAGAGGUGAAGAGAAGAGACUGGAAGAGACAUGAGUUUCACUACGACAACGUGAUCUGGGCUCUGCUCACCCUGUUCACUGUUUCCACUGGAGAGGGAUGGCCUCAGGUCCUGCAGCACUCGGUAGAUGUGACCGAGGAGGACAGAGGGCCAAGCCACGGCAACAGGAUGGAGAUGUCCAUCUUUUACGUCAUCUACUUUGUCGUCUUUCCUUUCUUCUUCGUCAACAUCUUUGUGGCACUCAUCAUCAUCACCUUCCAGGAACAGGGGGAUAAGAUGAUGGAGGAGUGCAGCCUGGAGAAGAAUGAGAGGGCGUGCAUAGACUUUGCCAUCAGCGCCAAGCCCCUGACCCGUUAUAUGCCGCAGAACCGUCACACAUUCCAGUACCGCCUGUGGCAUUUUGUGGUGUCACCCUCGUUCGAGUACACCGUACUGGCCAUGAUUGCUCUAAACACCAUUGUACUAAUGAUGAAGUAUUACUCUGCCCCGCCGACUUAUGAGGCUGUACUGAAGCACCUGAACACGGCUUUUACUGUUCUCUUCUCUGUUGAGUGUGUCCUCAAGAUCAUGGCCUUUGGUUUUCUGAACUACUUUCGAGACACAUGGAACAUUUUUGACUUCAUCACUGUCUUGGGCAGCAUCACUGAGAUCGUGGUAGACCUGCAGUUUGUUGAUACAUUCAACAUGAGUUUCCUGAAACUGUUCCGAGCUGCUCGUCUGAUCAAACUGUUGAGACAAGGUUACACCAUCCGGAUUCUUCUGUGGACCUUUGUGCAGUCCUUCAAGGCCCUGCCUUACGUCUGCCUGCUCAUCGCCAUGCUAUUCUUCAUCUACGCCAUCAUUGGCAUGCAGGUGUUUGGGAACAUAAAGCUGAACGAGGAGACUCACAUUAACCAGCACAACAACUUCAAGACCUUCUCUGGUGCUCUGAUGCUGCUAUUCAGGAGUGCCACGGGGGAGUCAUGGCAGGAGAUCAUGUUGUCAUGUCUGGGGGGGCAGCAGUGUGAGACCGAUCCUUCUCUUAGGUCUGACCCGGAGGGGGGCUGUGGCUCCGACUUUGCCUAUUUCUACUUUGUCUCUUUCAUCUUCUUCAGUUCCUUCCUGAUGCUGAACCUGUUUGUGGCUGUGAUCAUGGAUAACUUUGAGUAUCUGACGAGAGACUCAUCCAUCCUGGGUCCUCACCACCUGGAUGAGUUUGUCCGGAUCUGGGGGGAGUAUGAUCGUGCCGCCUGUGGUCGUAUCCAUUAUACAGACAUGUAUGAGAUGUUGACCAACAUGUCGCCACCUCUAGGCCUGGGCAAGAAAUGCCCCUCCAAGGUGGCAUAUAAGAGACUAGUCUUGAUGAACAUGCCUGUGGACGAUGACAUGUCUGUCCACUUCACCUCCACCCUCAUGGCUCUCAUCCGCACUGCUCUGGAAAUCAAGAUAGCCAGAGGGGAAGAGGAUAGAAAUCAGAUGGAUCUGGACCUGCAGAAGGAGAUCAGUGUCAUCUGGCCUCAUCUCUCUCAGAAGACACUGGACCUGCUGGUUCCUAUUCACAAAGCCAGUGACAUGACCAUAGGGAAGAUCUAUGCUGCCAUGAUGAUCAUGGACUACUACAAGCAGAGCAAAGCUAAGAAGCUCAGACAGCAACUCGAGGAACAGAAACAUGCUCCUAUGUUCCAGCGAAUGGAUGCCUCCUCUCUGCCUCAAGAAAUCCUAUGCAAUGCCAAAUCUCUGUCAUUCCUCAGACAUAGCGCCGGAUCUGCUCUCACCAGAGGAGGUUUUGUGGCGCUCAGCCCCAUCUCUCCCCAAGAGAUGUUCCUGCAGCCGCUGUCUUGCUCCAGAGAAGAGAAGGAGGAGGAGGGUGACGACGACUACCGUUCACCCUACCACCCCUACCACCACCCACAUCAUCACCACCACCACCAUUUACACACACUGGUGCAAGACGUAGUGGAGUAUAACCAAGUGAUGCAGCAGGCCAGGCAGGACCCAACAGUUAUUAAAUCACCUCAGCGGACAGCAUCUAUCAGAGCGUCCUCCAUGCCCAGACUGGCUGUUGACCCACAGCCUGGGAUGUCAGCAGACAGUAAGCUGAUGAAACGCUCCUUCUCCACCAUCGGAGAUCAGUGUGUGAACGGCCUCUGGCAGGAACAACACUCUCUGGAGAGAGUCAGUCCUGACGGCACAUACAGACCCCGACAGAGGAGCUACAGAGGCCCAAGAAUCAACCACAGAGAAACAAGUAGCCAUGAGAGAGGGCGAUCUAAGGAACGACGCCACCUCCUGUCUCCUGACGUGUCCCGCUGCAACUCUGAGGAGCGAAGCCGGGACCCUUCCUGUGAGAGGAGAAGGUCCCGCUCACCUAGCGAGGGACGCACACAAACCUUACAGAGACAGGUGAACUCAUCAGGCAGCCCCGCCCACUCAGCCUCAGAAUCCAGUACUCCUCGUAAUCGACGCCAGCUGCCCCAGACACCCUCUCGCCCUCGGCCUUACAUCUCCUACUCCCCUCUGGUUUGUGGAGCCCACACCUCUCCCACACCAGCAACCUCCUCUGAGGGACAGACCCAGCCUCAGGACGGCCCUGGUGGCUCCACAGAGUCAUCACGGAGGAUUGACAAGGAGGGCGGGCCCCUAACUGCAGGCCAGGGGUCAUCCGGAUGUCAGGUUGCAGGACCGAGCCACCCAUCUCCUCACCGCUACAUCUCAGAGCCCUACCUCCCAUUCCACGAGGACCUUGCUGGUGGCGAGGCACGUGGGAAGCAGGAGACCCUUACCUUUGAGACUGCCGUGGCAACCAGCCUGGGACGGGCCAACGCCAUAAGCUCCGCCCCUCAGCUCAGACACUCCUGGCAGGUUCCUAACGGGCAUUUCCGGAAGCACUUGGGCCAGACGAGUCCAGCUGGAGCCAGCGAGCUGUUAAGUGACACAGACGAGGACGACCGCUGCUAAAACACCAGACAGGAAGAAAAGAGCAAGAGGAUGCACAGAAAGACUGGGCCCCUCAGAGCAGCUCCACAUGGCAUCACAAGGCUGUAGCUCUGUGGCUCUGAGACCUUGUAUUCUCAGCACCAGUAGCAUAACAUGCGGGACUGAAUGCCACUGUUAUUUAUCUGGAUACUUGGGUGUCUGUCUACGACGUGUCCUUGCUUGUGUGUCUGUUGUAGCUGGAGGGAAGCUACCUCUGUGAACAUGGGUGUGUGUUUGUCUGUGUGUGUGCUCUCGAUAGAGAAAAUUUGCCAAAUCAAAAGAAUAGCAGAGACUGACGGUAUCAUGAGUAGCUCACUGCGGGAGGGACGUCUUGCCAAGCCUUCCUACACAAGUUAGUGUUUUGAUUGUUAUUUGAACAAAACAUGAUGAGAUGUCGAUCCACGGUGUCCAAUUCUCUCGUUGAAUCCAAGAAACUGAUGAAGUGAACUGAAGUGCAUUUUGUGUAGGUGAACAUAGAGGUAGCAUGUAAAAAUGUAAUACAAUGAAUGUAUUUUAGCUUUUGGUUCUUAUGUUCAGGUCAUUUGAGAAGGUUGCUGUUAGUCUUUACUGUGCUGUAAGAGUAGCAAUGAAUCAAGGGUUGUUUCAGCCAGAUUUUGCCAGUUUAUCUCUGGCAACCAGCCAUUCCCAACAGUUCAUGUUUACAAAAACAAUAUCCACAUGUUUCACGGGCAUUAUACAGUCACUUAUCAAUGAGUAGUCAAUACAGGAAAUCAAGUUGCAGACCUUAAAGUGAGCUAAACCUCUAGCGAUGGUCAAGUUAUUUUUCUGCCACAUGUGAAAACAGUAAGAGUGCACAUUCAUCUGCAGCACAGUUUAUAUCGGCUCUGUAGUGUGAAAAAGAUGCUGAAGAUCUUGAACAGAUUACAGAAUAAGAGAUUCUUUGUCUCAGGAUACUGGACCAUCGGUUUUGUAAUAUAUUACCUUCUGAAACCUUAAGACGUUCUACAAAUCUUUGACCUAAAAUGAACAAUUGUAAAAAAUCAGAGGGACUAGAUAAGUCUCUAAACCUUACACGUCAGUCAGCAUGAUAUGAAUGACAAGACUGUCACAAGGAUCGAACCAGUGGAGAUAUCACAUAGGCCCUGUGGUCCACAUCUGCUCUGUUCAUGGACUAUAAUGGCUUUGGCCUGGGGUAUAACCAUCUGUAGGACAGACAGCCAAAUGUGUGUUCAUUCUCCACAUUUCUGUGCUGGAUAACCACUGUCGAUGUGUCCAAGAGGUGACCAAAGCCAUUUUCUUCCUGUACAUAGAGCCGAGGAUUCGUGUUCUUCAGGAUGUGUUGCCUUCUUUCGUGCGAUGACGAAAAUGAUGAGAAAUUAAAUGUAUUUUAUACAUGUGAUGCAAAUGAUUUUAACCACUUUGAUGCUUUUACGAAAGAGGAAUCACAGGCACAGUCUGGUUUGUGUCUUUGUUAACUGCCCCAUUGUUUCCAUCACAUUAAGUCCAUGGUUUGGUCAGUAGAAACAAGCAUUACAGUAUUUUCUGUGUUCCAGAGUUGUAGUAAAUUUCCACAUGCAUGAUUCACGGUGAUAAUGAUAAUGGGAGAUGUGUGAGAGAUGUGUCUUAGAGCUGCCUGAUUGUUCUUUUUUUAGUAUAUCCAUUAGGUUUAAUGAGAUUUAUUUCGCCCAAAAAAAAGUCAUUAUGAAACAUCAGGCUGAGGAAUGUUUAUGCUUUUUCAUUCCCAGCAUUCACUGUCAUUUAUUAUUGCCCCUGAAUAAGAUGUAUAUUUAUAUCAUGUGCUGUUGUGUUGUUAUAAUAUGUUGAGUUUGACAUGUUUUCUGAAAUGUGAACACAGGACACGUCUGGGCUGAGGAUCCACAUGUCAGAAGAGAUGGAAUCAACCUGCUGCAGCCCUGAACAGAAAGUUCUGGACUGAAAAAGAUGUAUUUUAGCAGAUAAACCUCCUCUGAAGUGUGUCGACUACAAGGCUCGAUCCGUCCAGUACACAGGUUAGGGUAAAGGCUUCAGCCUGUAGUUCAUAGGACCGUGCUUAACAUGUACAGUGCAGCCUAGGACUUGAACUUGAUGUCCGUCUGUACAGAACAGCCUAAUCUGUGCCUGGGGACACUCGCCCAAAGAGUUCCCUAUCAAGCUUGGAUUUCCUAGAUAGAGAAGCUUUCUGGUAAAUAUGUAGUAUAAACUGUACAAAAUAAAUCCAUGUUUAAUUUAUUGCACUGUUUAUAUUUUAUUUCAAUAAUGAUGCCUGUCUAUGACUUUAACAAAAGAAGUGUUUACAUAUCUGUUCAAAGGACCAUUAAAGAGAGAUCACUUGUC